CGAUUUUUAGUGAGACCCACCGAAACCAGAAAACGAAGGGAUGGCUUUUAGGCAGUUGAACUCAAAAAAUGACAAACCACACAACAUUGAUCUUUCUUACACGAAAGGCAUGGAAGUAGAAGAUUAUGCAUGGAUGGGUAAUUACAAUCAAAGAGCCUUGCUGGUCAGGGUUCUAUGCUGUUCAGAAGACACACAAUGUUACAGGUCACAGGACAAUAUUAUUGAAAGUGUAAAAUUUUUUACUAGAGAAAAGGACCAGUCUGAGGCAUCAGAAGAAGUAUACGAUUGUCAUGAUUCCUUUGAACAAAGACCCUUGGAUAUUUUUUAUGAGACAAUAAACACUUUUUUGGAACCAUUUGAGCAAUCUGAUAUUACAUCAGAAUUCUGGAAGGACAUUAUCAGAUGUUUAGAGCUAUACGACUUUAAAUAUGAAAAAGUUGACAAAGUAGAAUUUUGGUUACCCCAAAAUAAUCCAAUGUCUGAUAAGGACUUAGAAGAGGCAUAUGCAAAGUUGUCAAUAGAACAGAGGCACUAUGUAUCAUCAUUUAAGACAGCAUUACAAACAGAUAUGACAAAUGGACGGGCUAAAAAUUGGAUUGAGGUAUUGAUGAAAAUACUCCUGACAUGUCUUGGGAGUAAUGAUAUGUGUGGCUCUACCACAAACAUACAUGACAGUAUUAACACUGCAUUGGAGACUGUUUUUGGCGAUUUUGAUACCCCGAUCACCCAGAUGGAGUAUAAUGCACCUUACUCUAGCACUCCAUCAAGUACCUCUUCAUCUUUGUUAAGCCUGUCUUCAUUAAAUCUGGAGUCAUCAGUCGCUGAAUCUUCUACAGGAUAUUUAGCAGAUCACAGAGUUUCAAGGCACACAAUAGUUCCAGAUUACUGUGUCGUGCUGCCUGAUUUUCCUGGUAUCUUUCCAAUAGUUUUUGAACUGAAACCUGCACACCGGGAGUCUCAUGCAAUUGUCCAAAAUAUACAACAAAUGUUGUCCAAACUUUUCUUUCAGGAUGUUGUGUUUGGCAUUGUUGUUUCACCCAGAUUAUUUCAACUAUCAGUAAUUAUUAAACAGGGAAAAGAUCUUCAUUUUGCAAGUACAAACAAUAUUUACAUUUACAAAAGUAAGAAUCAGGCUAAAAUACUUGAUUUGGGAGAGUUAAAUAAAAUGUGUACUUUUAUUUAUCAAGUGUUAAAGUGGGCAAGGACAACAAAAUGCAGACUAGAAAAUAAUCUUCAGAUAUAGGGAGAAUUGUCCAAUUUUGAUGGUGUUUACUUUUAUAUUUAUUUAUUGAAUGUCAAAGUUUGUUAGGAAAACAAAUUGCUUGUAGAAGAGGCGAAAUUCUUGUAGGGACUGGUAAGGAAGUGUAAUCUGUUCCCAAAGUUUUUUUAUUCACCUACCGUAGAAGUUGAAGGGGACUUACCUUUGGACUCUGUAUUUAUGUCUGUCUGUCCAUCCAUCAGUCCGACAAGUCAAUUUUCCACACUUUUUUCUUUAUACUUACAAUGACUUAUGCCCAUUUGAAAUAUAAAAUAUAUGUGCAAUACAGGGGACAUUGGAACUCUGUUCUUUUAUUAAGCUUAUUUCAGAUUUAUUAUGUUAACUCUCAGACAAAGUAAUUUCUGUUUCUGUAUACCGUAAAUUGAUUAGACUCUCUUCCCAAUUUUUAAUUGUGCUGGGCACUCAUUAUAUUUAUAUAAUUAGGUUGAUUAUAGUACAUUUUCAAAGAUCAAUUUAAAGGUCAGUUUAGAUUUGUAAAAUCAUAUUUAUUUUAAUUUUAUGAAUAUAUACAUGUAUUUGUCAUAAAAUGAUUAGUAUGCCCCACCUCUGAUAGUAAAGGGGAAUAGUGUUUUCUGGUCUGUGCGUAGAAUGCUUCUUUUUUUUUGGCCUUAAGAUAUUCAAUUAACCCACAUCUAUCACUACAGCCUUAUGCCUGACCUAAUUUUGAAUAAUAAACCAGCUCUGAUAAAUCCAAUCGAUCUGUCUCAAUUUUCUAUCUAUACUAAAAACAUUUGUAAUACAAUUCUUUGCAAAAUUCAAAAUGUUCCUUGGUACAGAGUAUGGAUGACCAAAAGACAAAAAUGAAGACAAAAUAACAAAGAGAUUGAAAAGCUAUGGUUCAUCAGAUGGUAGAGGUGUAACAAUACACUUUUGAGACAAACGAUGUAUGUAUAGCAAUGUGUCCUAUUGUAAAGAUAAAAAAAAGAAUAUGUGGUAUUAUUGCCAAUGAGACAACUCUCCACAAGAGACAAAAAAGACACAGCAAUUAACAACUAUAGGAAUUAGGAUGUAGAAUAUAUAUAAGUUAUAACCUUUUUAGGGAAAAAUACACCAUGCACAAAUAGUAAUAAUCACACAUGUACUUGCACCAUUCUGUAUCAUAAUAUAAUUAGCUGCCUUGCUAUGUGAAGAGAAAAUUAAACUGAUGACGAAUACAGUGAUUCAGUAUACAACAUUAAAUUGUUACAUCUCUAUAGCUAUGAGAUCACAUUUGCUCAAAUAAGGUACAACAGCUUUUAUUUAUUGAAAUUUUGUUUUAAGGAAAUGCUUUAAUGAAUUCGAAAAAUUGCAUUGUAACAACUAUCAAAUUGUAAAUAAUAUGAAAAUUUGUAAUUAGAAUGCUUUUACAGCAUUGUUUUAUAUACUGUAUAUCAAGAUAAAUAAUAAAGAUGAAUUCUA